AUGGAAUUUAUAAAUGCACCAAUUAGGCAUAACAAUCAUCUUGCUACUGAAUCUCAUCCACAGGCAUAUUGCACAAGUCGCUUACUUGAUUUUACUAGUAAACAAUUGAAUGAAAUUCUUGAAAGUAGAGAUUUACAAAGUCAAUCUACUAGUGGAAAAGUGAAUGGAAUGCUAGUGAGUAAAGAUUUGGAUGAUUGUAUAUUUAAUUUAAAGUCAUUAGAUAUUAAAACAGAUAAAAAAUAA